GCUCCCUGCGGCAAAGGUAAAGGCGUCAAAGACGUGCAGUCAACUUUUCCCUAUUGCCAAACUUACGGUGAGCUGUCCUUUAGUCUACCAAACCCUUCAUCUCUCCAAAUCCUCGCACAGUGAACACUCUGUCAACUGGUCGUUCUACCUUUAAUUGAAAGAGUCGGUCCUGUUAGCAGACUGUCAUCCGUUUGAACCCCAACGUCCUCUCGUAUCCAAACACCCCUCCUGUCCACCAUGGCCGAACUCUACCCCGAUCUCAAAGACCGUCCAAUCAAGGAGACUAUUGUCCUCUUUGAUGUCGAUGGCACUUUGACUCCUGCUCGGCUCAGCGUCAGUGCUCAGGUCCUUCAGGCUCUCUCCAAACUAAGAAACAAGGUCGCCAUUGGCUUUGUUGGUGGCUCCGACCUCAAGAAACAACAAGAACAGCUGGGCACUCCUUCUCUCCCUGUUGUCACCCUGUUCGACUUUGCCUUCUCGGAGAACGGCCUCACCGCCUACCGCCUGGGCGAGCAGCUACCCUCCAAUUCCUUCCUCCAAUGGAUCGGUGAAGAGCAAUACCAGAAAUUGGCCAAGUUCAUCCUGAGAAAGAUCUCCGACCUCGAAGGCCUUCCAGCUAUGCGAGGAACUUUCAUCGAAUUCAGGAAUGGCAUGAUCAAUGUCAGCCCUGUUGGUCGUAACGCCAGUACCGAGGAGCGAAAUCAAUUCGAGGCUUACGACCUGAAGAAUGGUGUUCGAGCAAAAUUGAUUGAUGAUAUCAAGAAGGAAUUCCCAUCCCUUGAACUGACAUACUCAAUCGGCGGUCAAAUCUCGUUUGAUGUUUUCCCUACCGGCUGGGACAAGACUUACUGCUUGCGUCACAUCGAAGCUGAAGCCGACCCCACCAAGAACCUUUCUGGUAUCAACUACAAGACCAUUCACUUCUUCGGUGACAAGGCAUUCGAGGGAGGCAACGACUGGGAGAUUUACACCGAUCCCCGAGUCACUGGCCAUGCUGUCAAGAACCCCGAAGACACCGUCAAGCAGUUGGAGGAGCUUUUUGGCAUCUGACUGACCUCACGUCUGUGAGGAUGGUGAUGACGGCGUAUUCAAAUGGGUUCAACGUGGAUAUGGGUGGUCAGGAGAAAUUUCUUUCUCGCAACAGGUAUUGCACGGAUGUUUAGACAGGUCAAAGACAAUUAGAUGUCAUACCUAUACCUCUACUUUACACAUGACAGUCAUGAACUGUUAUGGAAUAUGGAAUAUGGAAUAAAGCAAAAUAGGAUGACGAUGGUCUCCAAACACCCACCUUAUCCUUGCCACAUCUCAGAGGAUGAACACGGUGAACUUCUUACAGAACUAAUGGGCACCCUACGCACCCCUACUAGUACUCCCACGGUUGGCCUGCUAUACCCAGAGAAGCACUCACAGAGCAUGCUUGCACCGAUCAAUAAGCGUCAUCUGACUGUAUAUCUCGCCAAGAUACUGAUUUGGCUGUACAUAGAUCUCCUGGAGCAAUCCCU